AUGACGAAUGAGGUUGACACCGAUCAACAACGCGCCCCAAAAGACAAAUCCUUCGGACCCAUAGAUAUUGAGGACUACCCCAACAUUGAAGAAGGCAAGCAGACUUCCGCCAAUGGAAUACUCGAAGCACUUGGGUAUGAGCCCGAGCUGGUCCGAAACCGUUCCACUCUCCAAGUUGCGUUCAUGUCCUUCGUCCUUGCCGCAAUCCCGUAUGGACUGGCCACAACCUUCACAUAUCCUCUUGUCGGCGGAGGUCCGGUAAACAUCAUCUGGGGUUGGCUUGCCGUUUCUCUGAUUAUUCUUUGCGUUGCCGUUUCUCUGGGUGAGAUCACCUCGGUAUAUCCAACUGCUGGAGGAGUCUACUACCAAACAUUCAUGCUGUCUCCACCGUCCUACAGGAGAAUUGCUUCUUGGAUCUGUGGUUGGUCGUAUGUUGUCGGUAACAUAACUAUCACCCUUGCAGUGAACCUUGGCAGUACUUUGUUUCUCAUCUCAUGUAUCAACGUUUUCGAGUCUUCUCCGGGAGUUGGAAUCUUCGAAGCAGAGACUUACCAAGUCUUUCUCAUAUUUCUGGCAGUCACUCUGCUAGCUAAUGCUAUCUGCGCCUAUGGAAACAAAUGGCUCCCGUAUCUUGAUACAUUUGCGAUUUUUUGGACGUUUAUUGGUAUUCUCGCCAUAAUAAUCUGUGUUCUUGCGAUUUCAAAAGAAGGGAGACAUGAUGCCGCAUAUGUGUUUACCAGUUUCGAGCCCCAGUCUGGUUGGCCUGCUGGGUGGUCUUUCUGCGUUGGACUCUUGCAGGCUGCCUAUAGCACAUCAUCCACCGGGAUGGUGAUUUGUAUGUGCGAAGAAGUUCAGAAGCCGUCUACCCAGGUUCCAAAAGCAAUGGUCGGAACCGUCGUGCUCAACACCCUCGCCGGGUUUCUCUUUCUUAUUCCACUGGUGUUCAUACUUCCCGAUACGAAGAUCCUGAAUGCUCUCCAGUCAGGGCAACCGGUGCCGACCAUAAUCAAGUCUGCCAUCGGGAGUCCCGUCGGCUCAUUCAUGCUGCUCCUCCCGUUGAUAGUACUUUCCCUUCUCUGUGUCAUCGGCUGCACCACAGCUGUGUCCCGAAGCACGUGGGCAUUUGCACGAGACGGUGGUAUACCCGGGUCCAAGUGGUGGAAGCGCGUGAACAACGAUGGAGUACCUUUCAAUGCCAUGAUGCUUGGAAUGGUUGUUGAGAUCAUUCUGGGUUUUAUCUAUUUUGGAUCUACCACAGCAUUCAACGCCUUCACUGGAGUUGGGGUCAUCACUUUGACUCUGAGCUACGCCUGUCCGAUCGUGGUAUCCCUUGUUGGGGGCCGACGACAGGUCCAAAAUGGUCAAUUCUACUGCGGCACGUUUGGCUUGGUUUGCAACAUCAUCUCUCUAGUCUGGAGUCUUCUAGUAAUUCCCCUAUUUUGCAUGCCUACUUCUAUCCCGGUGUCAGCAGAGACCGUCAAUUAUGCGCCGGUGGUUUUUGUAGCAUUCAUUUUGAUCGCGUCCGCGUGGUAUUGGGUUUGGGGAUAUGAGAAAUAUGCCGGGCCACCGACUGUGGAUGAAGAGUACAAUGUAUCGGACGUUCACCACACUCCCUCUCUGAACUCAAAGAAAAUGCAGGAACAGAAGCGUCGAUGCGCAGAGCUUUUCGUUCUGCAAUCCAAAGAGAGCCCCGGUCAACCUGGUGACUGGCAACAAGCUCGAUGGGUGGACUUCCACUUUCAAAGAUCCAAGGGCAUCUCUCAAAUCAUUCCUGCCUGGUCCCAGACUUGUAUCAUUGUUGGACACUCUAACCAUAUCGAAAAAUGCUCGCAAUGCCGAAACUCCUUCGCUGAGCUAUUCUGUAUGCCCCAUUUUUGGUGGUCAUUUUUCUAUCAGAAUACAAAUGGUUGUUUCGGGUACGAGAAAACACGAGAAUCAGGAAAUGUUACCGGAAUCAACACCUGGUGCAAAUUCGCCAUCAAACAGGUAGACCAUGAAGCCCGCUUCAAAUGGUAUCACAUGAACAUAUUCUCUCGAUGGAUCCCCUCAACUAAUCAAACUGUGGUUCUGGCAUUUGACCUAGACCAACCUUGGAGAGAUCGGUUUCUGAAAGCAGUCAUGGCUCGAGACCCAAAUUGGCUCGAGGAUCCAUUUUGGGUUUACCCAGCUCUGGUUGAGCAAGUUGCUCGCGCCCAAGAGCCAUGUGUUUGGGGUAUCAGAGACCACGUUCGAGGACUAGAAACAGAGGGGAAACCGGAUGGAAGACCGCAGCCGGACUACAGACGCCUCCACGACAUCUCCCGACACGCAAUACACGUCAAUGAAACACUUGAUGUUACAAUCCAGAAUUUAGAAGACAUUUUGAUGCAUCAUGAAAAUUAUAUGAGUACGCAAAUCGGGGAUCUUCCCUGCUCUGAAGACAUACAUCUUCGCCUGCGAUCUUUUCUGUCCUUCGUCACCAACUUACGGUUCCGGUCUAUCUCGAAUGAAAAAAGACUUCAAAAUGAAGUGCAACUUGCUUUCAAUACUGUGGCCCAACAUGAUGCAAGUGUCACUCUCGAGAUUGGCCGAGCUACGCAGCUGGAUAGCGCAACCAUGAAAACCAUCGCCUUUGUGACUCUCACCUUUCUCCCUCCCACGUUUAUCUGCGCUAUAUUCAGCAUGUCAUUUUUUGAUUUUGGGGGUGAUUCCGGUUGGACUAUGUCAAACCAAUUUUGGAUAUACUGGGUGUUUGCUAUACCAACUACCAUUCUCACUACUCUGAUCUGGACUUUUUGGCCAGACAUUCGUCGCAUGGUGUUUCCCAAUAAAGACUGA